AUGACAAAGAAACCGUUUAGAGGGGUUCGGUGCAUACAGACUGUAUAUAUAUACAGUCUCGGUUCUGCGUGGUCUGGUCAAUUGUUGUUGAGCAGUCGUGGGUUAUUCAACAGUUUUCUGCUUUCAUUGCACCCUACCCCAACGCAAGAUAUGUCAGAAAAGAGUGCAGCGCCCGCGUGCGGCUGCCAGUGCGAUUUGUUGCUGUGGAAGAACCCAGUAAAGACCGGCAAGUACUUCCUCGGGUCUCUUGUCGUUUUGCUCUUCUUCAAGAGAGUCAACAUCUUCACGUGUCUGCUGCGGAUCCUGUACACCGUGUUCUUGACCACCGCGUCCCUCGAGUUCGUCUCGAAGCUGCUGUUCGGCCAAGGCGUCGUGACCAAGUACGGCAUCAAGGAGUGUCCCAACACUGUCGCCGCCGUGAAACCGUACGUCGAUGAGCUGUUGAGACAGCUGCCUGUGCAGCAGGCGAGGAUGCGCAUGCUCGUGUUCGCCUACGUGCCCAAGAACACGUUCAAGGCAGCAGUCGCCACCUACGUCCUGCACAAAGUGUUCUCGUGGUUCCCGCUGUGGACAGUGCUUUUCGUCGGCGACCUGUUCUUGUUCACCAUGCCCAUCGUGUACAGGACGUACCAGACGGAGAUUGACGCCGCGGUGCAACAGGGCUGCAAAUUGGUCAAGGCGAGGGCCCAGUGUGCCGGGAAGAAACUGUGUGACGCAGUGGAACCACACAUCAGAAAGUGCCCCCCCCUGAACAAGAUCAUACAGAACUGUGCCGCGAACAACAAGAAGACCGCAACGGCAAACGACGGGGAGGCCACCGCGAGCACUACCUCCGCUCAACAGUUCCCGGAUGUGCCUGAACACACCCAGGAAACACACGAAUUUAACGUGGACGAUUUGAAACAGGAGAUCCAGGAAAGUACGGACACACUCCAACAGGAGUUCCAGAAGCACGAGUAA